ACGUAUAGUACCGUAGUUAUUGUCAGUUACAAUGCAUUGAACAUGGCGGAAGUCACGGAGCAGCAAGAGGAUAGCCAUGUCUCGUGUAAAAUCUUGAUUAUCGGAGCGGGCAUGGCAGGAUUGUCUGCUGCAAAUCAUUUAUUGAAAAAUAGUGAAACAGAUUUUCUUAUUGUUGAAGCAAGGGGACGUAUAGGAGGUCGAAUCAUAGCAACACAACUUGGAAAUGAAAAAAUUGAACUUGGAGCAAACUGGAUUCAUGGAGUUUUGGGAAAUCCUCUUUUUGAAUUAGCAAUGGCAAACGGAUUGAUAGAUAUCAUAAAUAUACCCAAACCACAUAAAGUUAUAGCUGCGAUGGAAGAUGGAAAACAAUUAUCAUUUCCAGUUUUGCAAGAGAUAUAUGAAGCCUACGUGUGUUUUUUAAGACGUUGUGAAGAAUACUUUUUAAGUGCUUAUAAUCCCCCGGAUGGUAUUAAUAGUGUUGGAGCACAUGUGGCGCUUGAAACUGAUAUAUAUUUGUCCUCUCUACCAGUUGAACAAAGAAGAAUAAGACAGUUACUUUUUGAUUGUUUGCUCAAAAGAGAAACUUGUAUUACUGGCUGUGAUAACAUGGAAGAAGUUGAUCUUAUGGAAAUGGGAUCUUAUGCUGAAUUACAGGGUGGGAAUAUCCGUCUUCGAAAUGGAUAUAGUGCAAUAUUGGAGCCAAUAACAAAACAUAUACCAAAGAACUGUAUACUUACUAAACAUGUUGUUACUAAAAUUAGAUGGCAAAAACAGGAAUGUGAGAAUGAAGCAUCUGAUGUAGCAACAAAUAGCUCUAGUAGAAAUAAGGUUAUAGAAAUUCAAUGUGAAAAUGGAAAAAUGAUAACCGCCGAACAUAUAAUAUGUACAUUGCCUUUAGGAGUACUUAAAAAAAAGGCUAAUGAUAUUUUUGAGCCACCCUUACCAGAUAAUAAACUCCAAGCAAUAAAUAGACUUAUGUUUGGUACUGUAGAUAAAAUAUUUUUAGAAUACGAAAGGCCUUUUUUAAAUCCUGGAAUAUCUGAAGUUAUGCUUCUUUGGGAUGAUAGAGGAUUGUCAGAAGACGACAGACAAGAUUUAAGUAAAACGUGGUUUAGAAAAAUAUAUUCUUUUAUUAAAAUAUCAGAUACACUUCUUCUUGGUUGGAUAUCAGGAAAGGCUGCAGAAUAUAUGGAACAAUUAAGUACAACCGAGGUCUCAGAAGUAUGCACAUCAAUUUUAAGACGAUUUCUUAAUGAUCCCUUUGUACCAGCUCCUAAGCAUUGUUUACGUACCUCUUGGCAUUCUCAGCCAUUCACAUGUGGUUCUUAUACAGCUAUGGCUGUUGGAGCAAGUCAAGUAGAUAUCAAGAGUUUAGCUGAACCAUUGAUACUACAAGAUCAACCUUCCAAAAUUAUGAUAACAUUUGCUGGCGAACACACACACUCUUCGUUUUACAGUACUGUACAUGGUGCAUAUUUAACAGGCCGUACUGCAGCUCAAUUGUUAUUAGAAUCAAGAAGAAGUGAACAAAAUCAUAUAAGUCUUAGUUGUGAAAGUACUAGUGAUCUUAGCUCAUGGAUUCAAGGAAUAUCUUUAACUUAAAAUUUAAACAUUCAUAUAUAUAUAUAUAUAUAUAUAUAUAUAUAUAUAUGAAUAUAUAGCAUUUUGUUUCCAGACAAAAGCAUUUUGUGUAUUGCUUGAAAAAAAAACUAAUCAAUACUUAGCCAUUUAUGACGAAGGCGGAUUAAUUAAUAAUCUAAUACUUCGGAAAAAAAAAAAAA